AUGUCAGAAAUUCCCCAAAACCCAGAGAAUCCCAAAACGCCGGAAGGCGCUACGCAAGAUGAAAGCGAUGUUCCGAGCGGGGAAUUAACCCGCGAGGAGAUGAAGGCAAAAAUGAAGAGAAUGAGCAAGAGGAUUGCCUCCUUGAAAAGAAAGUCAGCAAGGUCUAAAAAGGCUAGCAAGGUGACUCCCACCAAGCUAGAUUUUGAUGGAGAAGGUGGUAGGAAGGAGGGUGGCAACCCUGAGAAAGAAGCUAACCCCGAGACGAAUGAUAGAGAACACUCACAGGCUGCUAGUGUGUUCGACCGCCUUGGGAGGAAGCUGACCGAGCAAGACUUGCGGCACAGGCUUGGGUCGCACAAUGAUGAGGAAGUAAACAAGAAGAAAGAUCAACCCCUGGAUGGUGACUAUGAGGUUGCGCUUGGUGAUGGGGAUGAUAAGUGCAAGAUGGAAGAGCGGCUGGAAGCCUCAAAGAAGGGCCAAUUUGAUAUAGAGUACAAGCCAAGAACCGCCAUUAAGGGGCAAGCACUAGCUGACUUCAUCCUAGAGUUUCCACCCACUUUUGAAGUUGAAGGGAUGGAGUGUGUACCUGAACCUCAGUCUCCAAUAGCCAUACCCGAUAAUUGUUCCUCUUGGUGGAACUUGUACGUCGAUGGGGCUGUCAAUGGAAAUGGGGCCGGGGCUGGCAUUGUCCUAGUCAGUCCGGAAGGCCAUAAGCUGCAAAGCUCCAUUCACUUCGACUUUAAAGCCACCAACAAUGACGCGGAGUAUGAAGCCCUAAUAGCAGGACUGAAGCUAGCCUUGGAGAUGAAAGUAGAAAAUAUGAAUGUUUAUAGUGAUUCGAUGCUGGUAGUCUGGCACAUCCGUGGAGGAUUCCAAGCUAGGGGUCCCCGUACUGAUCUCUACAUGCGAUAUGCCCAGGAACUAAUUGGGAAAUUCAGGGAAAUCAAGCUAGAACAAAUACCAAGAUCUGAAAAUGCAGAUGCAGACGCCCUGGCCAAGUUAGGCUCUCAGAGGGAUGCACACAUGCUUGGGGUAAUCCCCCUCAAAAUCCAAUAUCAGCCUAGCAUCCCCAAGAUUAAAGUCCUGGAUGUUGAGGUCGAUGAGUCUAACCUUUGGACAACCCCAAUCCAGGAAUACAUAACAAACGGAACCCUGCCUGCAGACAAGGACGAGGCCAGAAAAUUAAGAUAUAAGGCAGCCCAAUAUGUAAUCUAUGAUGGAAUCCUUUACAAAAGGGGGUUCAACCGACCCCUCCUUAGAUGUGUUGCUGGGAUAAGAUGUGAGUAUAUUAUGCGCGAGGUGCAUGAAAGAAUUUGUGGGAAUCACUCGGGGGGUGCCUCCCUCGCCCAUAAAAUCCUCCGUCAGGGCUAUUACUGGCCUACCCUCUACAAGGAUGCUCAUGCCUUCGGCAAGGCCUGUGACAGCUGCCAAAGGUUCUCUAAUACGAAUAAGAACCCAGCGGUACCCCUAAAGACCCUGACAAGUCCCUGGCCGUUUGCUGUUUGGGGCAUAGAUCUGAUUGGUGAAUUACCCAAAGGGAAAGGAGGGGUGAAAUAUGUAGUCGUGGCUGUAGACUACUUUACUAAAUGGGCUGAGGCAGAACCCCUGGCUUCCAUCACUGCAAGGAAGCUGGUAGACUUCGUUUAUCGUGCAAUCGUCUCUCGAUACGGGGUUCCCUACAAGCUCAUAUCAGACAAUGGGAAGCAGUUUGACAGCAAUGAAAUGAUGAAUUUCUGUGAACACCUUGGCAUAAAGAAAGGCUUUUCCGCGGUGUGUCACCCACAGAGUAACGGCCAGAUGGAAGCCGUUAACAAGAUUAUUAAGAACACCCUGAAAGGCAAACUGGAAGAGAAAAAAGGAUGCUGGCCAGAAGAACUUCCUAUGGUGUUGUGGUCUUACAAUACCACUCCAAGGUCUACCACUGGCGAAACCCCGUUCACCCUAACAUAUGGGUGUGAAUCCAUGGUUCCCGUAGAGGUUGGAGCAGGGUCCUUCCGAAGGGAUAACUACGACCCUAAGAAUAAUGAAGUCAACCACAGGCUCUACCUGGACCUGAUUGAAGAAGUAAGGGAUACGGCUCAGUUGAGACUCGCUGCAUAUCAACAGAGGACUCGUAAAUAUUUUGAUAAGAAAGUAAGGGCUCGACCCCUCAAAACGGGAGACCUGGUUCUCAGUAAAAUGAUGCCUAACAUGAGGGUCCCCGCUUAUGGAGCCUUCGGUGCAAAAUGGGGAGGCCCAUACAUCAUCAAGACAGUGCUUUGGGAAGGUACCUAUCACCUUACAGACAUGGAUGGAAGACUCAUACCACGGGCAUGA